CUGGCACCCAGGGAGCCGGCCCGAACGAUUCCGGCUUGUGUUUUGGUUUGUCUUCCUGGCGAAGCGAGAUUUCCCGCCAGCUGCUGGAGGCCGCCUCGUGUACUACGUUUUCUUUCUCUUCCCACCCCCCUCACAAGCCGAUUGAGGCUGCAAAAUGGAAGAGACUGAAACGACCCGGAAGGGAAAGGUGCUAACAUGGAUGAAGAAGCACCUGCAGCUCAGCUUGAGCAUCGUCGGCAUCAUUCUGGGCCUGAUCGUCGGCUACUCGGUGGCGGCCGCCGAGCCCAACGAGGACAUCACCACUCUCAUCUCAGUGCCGGGUGAAAUACUACUGCGCAUGUACAAGAUGCUCACGCUGCCGCUCGUCUUCUCCUCCGUGAUCGCAGCUCUGACACGAGUGAAGCCAGGCACUGUGGGGAGGAUGAUGACCCGGAUGACCGCCUACUACGUCGCCAGCACGAUGUUAGCGGCUUUUGUUGGCACCAUAGUGGUCGCCAUCUUUGCACCCGGCAAGCAGAUCCUGCAGACUGACGUCAGCAAGAUUGGCGUGUCCGGUCUCGACUCGUUCCUCGAUUUUGUCAGGAACAUGUUUCCGGAGAACAUUGUCCAAGCCUGCUUCCAGCUGCACCGUACAGUUCGCGUUGCUCAGCCGCCCCGCUAUGUCCGCUUGGGCGUUAACGCAAGCGAGCUCGAACCGGAUAUUGUCAGAAAACUACAGUACUCAGACGGCCUCAACAUCUUUGGAAUCAUUGUAUUCUGUUCCGUGUUCGGCUUGUUCGCCGGACUCAUGGGCGAGGUCACCGUUAUCAUGGUGGACUUCUUUUCCGUUCUGAACGUGCUCACCAUGAAGCUUGCAUACCUAGUCAUGUGGUAUUUCCCCAUCGGCGUGGUCUUUCUGCUGAGCGCGUCCAUCGCCCGCGGAGAUGCCCUGGGCGAGCAGGCCAUCAACGUCGGCGCAUACAUCGGCACCGUCAUGACGGGCCUCGUCAUCCACUCCUUCAUCGUACUGCCCCUCAUCUAUUACACCUUCGUGCGCAAGAACCCGCUAGUGUUCGCCAAGAACCUGCUUCACGCAUUCGUCACCGCCUUCGGCACGUCGGACAGUGUGGCCACGCUUCCUGUGACGUUCAUGUGCCUCGAGCAGAACAACAAGCUGGACAGGCGCGUCACGCGGUUCGUGGCGCCGAUCGCUUCGGCCUUCAACCUCGACGGCACCGCCCUCUACGCCGCCAUCGGAACCAUCUUCAUCGCGAACCUGAGCGGCAUCGAGCUGGACUUCGCACACUACUUGGCCAUAUGCGUCGCAGCUGCCCUGACAAGUUUCGCAAACCGAGGGAUACCGAACGCGGGCGUGAUCACCAUGAUCCUUGUGCUGAAGGCCGGUGGCAUCGGUCCGUCCCAUAUCGGGCUUUUGUUGGCCGUCGAUUGGAUAAUGAACCGCUGCCGCACCUGCGUCAACGUCUUCAGUCAGUCCAUAGCAGUUGCUAUAGUCCACCACUCUGUCGAGAUGGAGUUGAAGAGGAACCAGAAUGCUUUGGAACACUGGCCAGUUGAUGAACUUACCCUGGAGCGGAAGAAGUACACACUCAACCGCUAAGCACACUACACCUUCGCUUAGAAAAAGGGAGGCUUUGUGCUUUGUACAUCAGUUACGUGAAAUGUAUCUAACUAUAAUUUCUGCUCGUAAGCACCCGGCCCGAACUGCGUAAUUAUACCAAAGUGCUGCGUUGAUAGCACAUCGGUCCACUGACAAGUUGCGCUGAUGUUCAAGGUACAAACACUUCAGGAAAAGAAAUCCCCAUCAUGCUCAUUCACAACAAGAGGCCGCGCAAUAAAUCACUGUACACAAGCUACACUUAUUAACACGCACGAUUCGAAGCAAACAAGCACACACACCAACCAAAUUAUGCUACGCAUCAGUUAAGUUCACCUAUACGCACGUCCACAAGCUGACAGCAGAAGGUUUCAAUUCAGUCGAGAAUUCAGUCGACGUGCCAGUUAUUGUAGAUGCCGAAAUCGAGUCGUUUACACUGCACAACUCGUAACGGGCAGUUUUGUACUAGCUAGAAGUGUGAUAGCGGCCAAAGAAAAGCUAAGAAUGUGUAUCGUGCGGAAACGAGAAAGUUUUAUCAAUAUCGUCACCAUCAUCAAAUCACAGCACAGUCGGCAACAAUUCAAGACGCAUUGUACGUGAGCUCAUCAGUUAAAUAACAAUUUUUGCUUUCAAAAAACAUGUCCCUGUACAUGGUCAUGCCGAAAAUACCGUUGUUCAGAACAUCUCCCGUUCGUGGGGUCCUGCCGUAUUCUGUACCACUUCAUCCAAGCAGGUGUUUCCGUAUUUGUGUUUGCCACAUCUCUGUCUUCGUAUACUGAAAUAAUUCGCCCUACAUUAUGCCAAAUAAA